AAGCUUUGAAUAACACGGAGAGAGGGGGAGAAAUAAAAGGAAUCAGCACCACGAGACCUCAGUCUUCCAGCAGCAAAGAGAAGACACAGGAUUAACCAUGCCUGAGCCAGUACCAGCAGACUCGGAGACGACUGAGCUCACGGGGCUCUUCACUGAGAAGCCACCAGAUCAUGUAGUCAUCGUUGCAGGGACGGAUGUCACUUUCACAGCGAAGGUUGACUCCAGCACCUUGACCAGGAAGCCCACCAUGAAAUGGUUGAAGGGCAAGUGGCUGGACCUUGGCAGCAAGGCUGGGAAGCAUAUGCAGUUCAAAGAAACUUAUGACAGGAACACAAAGAUUUACACAUAUGAAAUGAAGAUCAUCAAAGUGAAACCUGGGGACGCUGGGGGCUACAGAUGCGAGGUGACAGCAAAAGACAAGUGUGACAGCUCCACUUUUGAGAUCACUGUCGAGGCUGCUCAGCGGGAUGAGCAGGCGGAUAUUUUGUCUGCCUUCAAGCGAGCGGAUGCUGGAGAAGACGAGGGAGAUCUGGAUUUCAGUGCUUUGCUGAAAGCCGCAAAGAAGAAGAAGAGGCCUGAAGAUGAGGUACCAGAGGUUGAUGUCUGGGAAUUACUCAAGAAUGCCCAUCCAAGCGAGUACGAGAAAAUCGCCUUUAAGUAUGGCAUCACCGACCUGAGGGGCAUGCUGAAACGUCUGAAAAAGAUGAAGGUUGAGCCUAAGCACAGCGAGGCUUUCCUAAAGAGGCUUGAAUCAUGCUACUCUGUGGAAAAGGGGAAGAAGAUCGUCUUGAGGUGUGAGGUUGUAGAUCCUGACGUCCAGGUCAAGUGGCUGAAGAAUGGCCAGGAGAUCAAACCCUCCGCCAAGUAUGUAAUGGAGGCAAAUGGUAACAUCAGGACACUUACCAUCAAUAAGACAACCCUGGCUGACGAUGCUGAAUAUGAAUGUGUGGUUGGUGAGGACAAAUCCCUCACAGAGGUGUUUGUCAAAGAGCCCCCUGUGACCAUCACCAAACUGAUGGAUGACUAUCAUGUGGUGGUGGGUGAGAGGGUGGAAUUUGAGAUUGAGGUGUCAGAGGAAGGAGCCCACGUCAUGUGGUUCUUUGAGGACCAAGAACUUCACAAAGAGUCAGCUUCCUCAAAGUAUCGUUUUAAGAAAGAUGGGAAGAAGCACACAUUUAUUAUCCUGGAGGCUACAAUGGAAGACAUUGGAAUGUACCAUGCUUGGACAAAUGGGGGGCACACCAAAGGAGAACUAGAGGUGGAAGAGAAACAACUGGAGGUGUUGCAAGACAUUGCUGAUCUUACAGUCAAGGCUACAGAUCAGGCAGUUUUCAAGUGUGAGGUGUCUGAUGAGAAGGUUACAGGGAAGUGGUACAAAGACGGUGUAGAGGUCCUACCAAGUGAACGCAUCAAAAUAACUCACAAUGGAAGGUUUCAUCGGCUGGUCAUUGACGAUGUCAAGCAACAGGAUGCAGGAGACUAUACCUUUAUUCCUGAUGGAUACGCCUUGUCUCUGUCUGCUAAACUUAACUUCUUGGAAAUCAAGAUCGACUAUGUGCCGAGACAAGAACCACCAAAGAUCCACCUGGACACCACUGGCAAUAUGGUUUCCCAAAACACCAUCAUUGUUGUGGCUGGAAACAAGCUCCGCCUGGAUGUGGAGAUCACAGGCGAGCCGGCGCCUACCGUGGUUUGGUCAAAAGGAGAUAUACCAGUCACGGAGACCACUGGCCGUGUGAGGGUGGAGUCCAGGAAAGACCUGAGCUGUUUCGUCAUAGAGGGCGCGGAGAGAGAGGAUGAGGGGAACUACACCAUCUGUGUUACCAACCCAGCUGGAGAGGACAAGGCUAAUCUCUUUGUGAAGAUUGUGGAUGUGCCCGAUGCUCCUGAGCAUGUCAAAUGCACAUCAGUGGGAGAGGACACUGCCACGAUCAUUUGGGAGGCGCCUAAGUUUGAUGGCGGCGCCCCAAUUAAAGGUUAUCUGAUGGAGAGGAAGAAGAAAGGGUCCAGCAGAUGGACAAAGCUCAACUUUGACGUUUAUCCCUCAACUACAUAUGAAGCUAAGAGGAUGAUUGAAGGCAUUUUGUACGAGAUGAGGGUGUUUGCUGUCAACAGCAUCGGCAUGUCUCAGCCAAGUGCCACGUCCAAGCCUUUCAUGCCGAUUGCCCCGACUAGUGAGCCAACACGUCUCACUGUGCACGAUGUGACGGACAGCACGUGCAGCCUGAAGUGGCUCGCCCCAGAGAAGAUUGGAGCCGGCGGCCUGGAUGGUUACGUCAUUGAAUACUGCAAAGAUGGAGACACCGAGUGGGUGGUGGCAAACCAGGAGCUUUGCGAGAGGCAGGGAUAUGUGGUGCGUGGCCUCCCUGUGGGUGAGAAGAUGAACUUCAGGGUUGUGGCGGUUAACAUAGCUGGACGCAGUCCCCCCGCUCUUCUUUCACAGCCCGUCACCAUCCGUGAGAUCAUGGAACACCCUAAGAUUCGCCUGCCUCGUGAACUGAGAACAAAGUACAUCAGAAGAGUGGGAGACAAGAUCAACCUGACUAUCCCAUUCCAGGGUAAACCGCGUCCUGUUGCCACCUGGUACAAAGAUGGUCAGCCCAUUGACCCCAAAGUGGUCAACGUCCGUAACUCCAAUGUGGACAGCAUCUUGUUCAUCCGCUCCGCAGAGAGAGAGCACUCUGGAAAAUAUGAGCUGGUUCUACAGAUUGAGAACAUGGAGGACAGGGCUACCAUCGAAAUAAGGAUUGUUGAGAAGCCUGGGCCCCCUGUGAACAUGAGGGUGGUCGAUGUCUGGGGCUUCAAUGCCGCACUGGAGUGGGAGUCCCCUAGAGAUGAUGGAAACUGCGAAAUUACUGGUUACACCAUCCAGAAGGCCGACAUGAAGACCAAGGAAUGGUUCACGGUUUACGAGCACAACAGACGUACACACUGCACAGCCACAGACCUGAUCAUGGGCAACGAAUACAUGUUCCGCGUGUACAGUGAGAACUUCUGUGGGCUGAGCGAGGAGCCACGCAUGUGCAAGAAUACAGCUGUCAUCGCUAAGACAGGUCUGGUUCAAAAACAACACUCCUACAGGGAGAAGGAAAUAACCUGUGUGCCCAAGUUUACCCAACCACUUGUAGACAGAUCCGUAGUGGCCGGUUACAGCACCGCCAUCAGCUGUGCCGUCAGAGGAUUUCCCAAGCCUAAGAUCACGUGGAUGAAGAACAGGAUGAUCAUUGGAGAGGAUCCCAAGUAUUUGAUGCAGAACAACCAAGGAGUGCUGACCCUUAACAUUCGCAAGCCCAGCACCUUUGAUGGGGGGAAGUACUCCUGCAUGGCUGUCAAUGAGUUGGGGAAGGAUGAAGUGGAGUGCACUCUGAAUGUCCGCAUUCCCACAGCCCCGAGCAAAGAGUAAAACAAGUGAGAAGCCAAGCAGCAGACGGUGUGAAAUGAUAUGAACCAAAUCCUAAAUGAACAGUGAAUGUAUCGCCAACCUUGUCAGCAAGGAAUGAAAUAAAGCUUUGUGACACCUGC